UGAGAGCAGGCAUUAGUAUCGGUCUUCAGCAGACUCAGCAGACUCGGACUUCAGCAGAAUGACCUGCGUUGAAACCUGGACAUCAUGCAAUGGAUUUUUUUUAUUGAUACUGGCCUUGUUGGCCAUAGCAUUCAACUUGACUCCACUAAUUGCAGACUAUGUGGAGGAUGGAAGACUUCUGUAUAGUCCCAUCUCGUGUUAUGAGUGGUGGCUUCCAGGACUGGUUGGAGGAGGUUUGUUGGUCCUGCCCGCUGUUGCCAUGUCACUGGCUGCACGGAAGAAAGGCAGCUGUAACUCCAGAUGUGGGAUGCUCGCAUCCUCCUUGCUGAGUCUAGUGGGCAUCAUUGGAGCCGCUUACUGCAGCAUCCUCUCCAUCUUUGCCAUCGGCCAAGGACCUCUCAUCUGUGAAACCGGAAGCAACGAUAUAAGCAAGUGUGACUACACGUUGGCCAAUAUCAGUUCUUUUGGCGAUCUCAAGUUUGAUUUGGCCUGGUUCCUUAACACCACCUGCCUCCAAACACAUGACCCUGGCAAUGCCACCACCCUUGGAAUGGUCCAGGAGAGAUUCUACGACCUAAAGCUGAAUGAAGACACACAGAAGAUUAUCCACAUCACUGUGUUUGUGGCUUUAGCCAUCAUCGGCCUGCUGGAGGGCGUUGUGGGCAUCAGUCAAACAGCAGCUGGAUUAUUUGGAUUCAUCUGCGGAACCUCCAAAAAGAAUCGCAAUGACUAUGAUGACUGAAAUAUAGAUAGAUGCCUAGUAUGAGAUUGUUGGACAACAGAAUGGACUUCUAUCCAUAUUAAUAUAAAGACUCAACUGAAAUCAAAUCAAUAAUUUCUCAAUAUGAAUACAGCACUGAAUUUGUUAGCGUUGAGUUAUUUUACAUACAUGAUCUAUUUAACUAUCAGCCAUGUCUGUAGUAAGCCAAAUAUUCUUUUAUUGUAUUGCUCUAUUCUGUUGGGGUGCCUACCAUUACUUUAUUGCCAUACUAGUAAUAAGUAACAAUUAGAAUUGUAGUCAUCGAGAGACGAAUCCGGACUCAGCUUUCAUUUAAAGAUAUAAAUUCACUCAAUCUUAUACACUUUCUGAAUGUCUGACAACAAUUUCAGUUAAACAUAUUGUUGACAUGCUGGUAAAAAGCACAGAUUUGUUUUAAUCAUAUACAAUGUGAACUUCUGCAAACGUAUGUGUAAACUAUGCAGUGAAAGUGGAACCCAUCCGUUAUUUGCAGUUAUUGUAGACUUUUUUGGGGGAUUUGUGAAUAAAUAUGUUUCACCUUUAAUGGUUUAUAUUUCUAUUAGUUAUUUAUAGUUUGCGUAAUACCAAUGAUUUGUAACGGUUUGCUUUUUUAUGUUUUAAUAUAAGUUGUAAAAGGCAAAGUUGUUACUAUAUUAAACAAAUCCACAUUUUGUUAUUUCACAAAAUAAAUAUUAGGAAUUGGAAGAAAA